CGUAUACGCCUGCCCUCAACCCCCAAUUAGACUCGCGAGUCGCGACACGCGUCAUAUUGUUCCAUCAGAGCUCCAGAAAUGCCGGUGGCCAGUUCUUCAAGGAGAAAGAGCACACGUUCUCGCAGGGAACCUUCUGAAGACAGAAUAGAGGAGGAUAAUCCAUCUCAGCAGACUGGUAACAACGAUGAUGUCGAAGGCGGAGACGAUGAGGAAGAACAGCCUAGGCGCAGGGUAAAGCAGGAAAAGAAAACUCAAAAGAAAACUCGCAGAGACUCUGAGUCUGACAACGAUCCCCCUCGCGUUGUGGUUGAUGACGAAGAUGAUCGCAUUGACAUCGAGAACUUUUAUGACCAGCCCCUAGACAAGAAGGAAAGCGGAAAACUCUCUGGCAUUGCGCAGGACUGGGAGAUGAUCCGGAAGCAGAUCCAUCAGGGUUCAUUCUCUCUCGCGAAAGAGGUGGCUACUUCCCUCGCAGACGUCUUGGAAGGUGAUCACGCAAAUGAGGCUUUGUCGGAGGUCGAUGAGAUAAUGAAAAAAUUGAUUGACAUCGACUACGAGAUGCAAUCACAUGAGAAGUCUCUCAGCGGGAUGUACCAGCAACUUAUGCGUGGCGAGCCAGUAGAGGGUGCCAUAGACCUCUACGAUAAAGAGGUAAAGAAGAGGAUCAACGAAUUCAACGAUAGAACUACUCGAAAGAAGUAUGGCUCGAACGAUCAAUACGUCCAGUUCAAGCAAGGCAUCUUUGAAGUCCAAAAUCCUGGCGUGAACAUACCCCCCAUCAAUGACUUUAUACCACGGGAGGAGGGAGAUGAAAGCGACGACGACGACGACCUAGAGAUCGGAGGAGUUACACAGGACUUUAAAUGUCCCAUCACCUUGACGAUGCUAGAAAAUCCAAUGAAAUCCUCCACUUGUGGCCACGCCUUCUCUGGAAAUGCUAUCCGGGAUUACCUGGCGAGAUGCCCUCCUGCUGGGAAGUCAUGCCCUGCUGCAGGCUGCAGUGAAAGGCUCACUAUGGCCAUGCUGGUUGCCGACAGUAGUCUUGAAAAGCGGGUCAAACUUGCGGCAAGGAGAGCUCAGCGGGACGAAUAUGAUAGCGACGCUGAUGAUGGAGAGGUGAUAGAGUAAAUUAACCUCUGCGACUAAUCUUGGCAUCUGUACAUAGUUUACCCUGAUCAAAGAUCCUAAUCAAAGGGU